GUUGGGCUUUACUGGCUUGACAGCUGUCACCGUACACUGAGGUCAAGGGGAAAGAAGCAUGGCUGCGCUGUUUAGAGGGUCGCGAAAUUUAUUGCUAAGGUGGAAUAAGCAUGUCGAUUUAGCCUCCGUGUCAUCACGAUCAAUGGCCUCAAAAACACCAGUGGGGUUUAUUGGUCUGGGAAACAUGGGCAGUCCCAUGGCCAAAAACCUAUUAAAGAACGGUUAUCCUGUUAUUGCCACCGAUGUCUUCCCAGAGUCUUGCAAGGAGUUGCAGGACAUGGGUGCCCAGGUAGUAGACUCUCCAGCAGAGGUGGCAGAGAAGGCAGACCGCAUCAUCACAAUGCUACCCUCCAGUCCCAAUGUCAUAGAAGUCUACACAGGGCCCAGUGGCAUCCUCAAGAAGGUGAAGAAGGGAACACUGUUGAUUGACUCUUCCACCAUCGACCCUGCCGUCUCAAAAGAGAUGGCGGUCGCUGCAGAGAAGAUGGGGGCUGUGUUCAUGGAUGCUCCAGUGUCAGGAGGUGUUGGGGCUGCCAGCAUGGCCAAAUUGACCUUCAUGGUAGGUGGAGUGGAGGAGGAAUACAACGCUGCACAGGAGCUGCUCACCUGCAUGGGAGCCAAUGUUGUCUACUGUGGACAGGUUGGCACUGGACAGGCAGCCAAGAUCUGCAACAACAUGCUCCUGGCCAUCGGGAUGAUUGGGACAGCAGAGACCAUGAACCUCGGGAUCAGACUGGGUUUGGACCCCAAGCUGCUGGCAAAGAUCCUCAACAUGUCCUCAGGUCGUUGCUGGUCCAGCGAUACGUAUAACCCAGUCCCCGGUGUCAUGGAGGGAGUCCCUUCAGCCAACAACUACCAGGGAGGCUUUGGAACCACACUAAUGGCCAAGGAUCUUGGUUUGGCUCAGAAUACUGCCACCAACACUAAGACACCCAUCCCUCUGGGUUCCCUCGCCCACCAGAUCUUCCGAGUCAUGUGCUCCCGUGGUUACGCUAACAAGGACUUCUCAUCCGUCUUCCAGUUCCUACGUGAGGAGGAAGGCCAGUGAAUGGAGAGGGAUGUUACAACACACACACACCACAACUGCACACCCCAGUGCCCCUUAUCCCUCUACACUCAGGAAAGACUAAGGCCUUGCCCUCAGGCACAGAUCUGCAACCCAAUUACCAUACUGUAUGUCGACACAUGUCCCCUCAUCGCAUUAGCUGAAUCAUAUUUUCAAUUCACAGCUCUCCCUCCGCAUGAGGGAAGUGCUGCUCAAACUGACUUGAGAUCAGUAUCUAGAGACAAACCAGCUAAGGCCAGAGUGGAAAAUAAAAAGUAUGACGCUACAGGUUUACAUCUAUCAACGCAAAUAAUAUGUGGCUUUCAGGGUGAUUGAUAAGUAAUAUUUGCAUUAUUGUUUAAAGUUGAGCUUAGGAGUAAGUAGUCACACGGUGGUGGAAAUUUCAUUUGAAGAGACAGUGCAAGUGAGUGCAGAGUUUCAAGUAGAAACAAUAAAGACAUUGACAGCACUACAUGUAAAGUAACCAAACCUGACCACACUGUGGCCUCAAAGUUUACUUGUUUUGCUGCAACUGUCCGUUUUUGGCAGGAAGAUAGUAUUCAGUCAUCCUGCCUGUGUUUUUCAGUAUGUUUAUUGUUUACCUUGGGAACACACCAGAGUUACACUAGUUUCAUUUGUUAAGUCAAUCAAAGAACAUUUAGGUCACCAUUCCCCGGAUCGACCAGAUCUGCUCUUCCAUUUAAAUACUGUGAUAUGUAUAAAUAUAGUUAUUUUUGCACUGUGCGCAUCGCAGUGCGAUGUGCCAGGCCAUUUUGAUACGGUUACAGAAUAUCUUUGAACAUACCUCUCUUCUCUGCUGUCUACAUCUGCUUAUCAAGCCACUGGAGUAUUAUUUUGUCACCAGCACUGUUUAAAUUUUUUUGCUGUAAACUAAGAAAUGUCUAGCACUUUCUCCUGGCUGUUGUUAGAUUAAUUAAAGUCUGUUCUCACUUCUCUCUAAGAAAGGAACAAUUCCUCCUUGCUCUGAGCAAAUGUACAUAAUGUAUACUUCAUAUUGAUGUGUAGUAUUGACGAGGAAUCUGAAUGGACUCACUUUUUUUUUUUCAGUAAAAUCCUUUAAUAGUGUCUACAGUUUGUCUUAGCUCUGUGAAACAGAUCCUUAGUCACACUGUAGCCUAAAAAAUAAAAGAUGUUCUGUGUA